CGUGGUAGAAGUCUCAUGUACGUUCAUUGUUUCCGGUCAUGGCGAUUGCUCGGUCACAGAAGGAUCUGUCGGUUUCCAUUAUCCUCAUUGAAGGGAUUUACUCUUGAGCAUCCGAAUGUGUCCUACGCAUGCACACGCACUGCAGCGGUCGGAUCUGCUUGGACUGCUGUUUCAGGGAGGGGUUUUCUCAUUGGCGUUGGAAGCUGCAACACGCUGGGGUUGUUCUGGAGGUCAUUGGCUGUAAGGUGUCUGUUUGUUCCAAGGAGCAACAGUAAGAUCCACUGGGGGACUCCUAAGUUUGCACCAGUGAACACCAUGCCUCAAUCAAAGAACGUAGACCUGGGCUCUGCCUUCAUCCAGACGCAGCAGCUCAACGCUGCCAUGGCCGACACCUUCCUGGAACACAUGUGCCUGCUGGACAUCGACUCCGAGCCCACCACCGCUCGCAACACUGGCAUCAUCUGCACCAUCGGGCCAGCCUCCCGCUCUGUGAGUAUGCUGCAGGAGAUGAUCAAGUCUGGCAUGAACAUUGCUCGUCUGAACUUCUCCCAUGGCACACAUGAGUACCAUGCACAGACCAUUAAGAACAUUCGUGAGGCAUGUGGGAGCUUCGAGCCUGGCAGCAUCCAAUACAGGCCCAUUGGCAUCGCCCUGGACACCAAGGGCCCAGAGAUCAGGACCGGCCUCAUCAAGGGAGUGAGUAUUGUUAUUGCUCGUGAAGCCGAGGCGGCCAUGUUCCACCGGCAGGUGUUCGAGGACCUGCGUCGCUCCACGCCGCCCUGCACAGACCCCGCAGAGGCUAUUGCUAUCGGCGCUGUCGAGGCCUCUUUUAAGAGCUUAGCCUCUGCCAUGAUUGUGCUCACUGGCUCUGGAAGGACUCUGCGUGAGGCAGUGUGGGUGAUUGAGAGUAACCCCGCCCCCCCCCACCCUCCUCCAUGGUCCCUCUGGGCUCAGAUAGCACGAGAGGCCGAGGCGGCCACCUUCCACAGACGGCUGUUUGAGGAGCUGAGGAGAAGCUCCAAGCUGACCAGAGACCCGUCUGAGGCUGUGGCCGUCGGCGCCGUGGAGUCCGCCUUCAAAUGCUGCGCUAGCGCCCUGAUAGUCCUCACCAAGACCGGGAGGUCCGCCCACCUGAUCUCCAGGUACAGGCCCCGCGCCCCCAUCAUCGCUGUGACCCGUAACGCUCAGACGGCUCGCCAGGCUCACCUGUACCGCGGCAUCUUCCCCGUCCUCUACACCAACCCCUCCCACGACGUGUGGGCCGAGGACGUCGACCUGCGCGUCAACUUUGCCAUGGAUAUGGGUAAGGCCCGAGGCUUCUUCAAAGAGGGAGACGUUGUCAUCGUGCUGACCGGCUGGCGUCCAGGCUCCGGUUACACCAACACCAUGCGUGUGGUUCUGGUGGCCUGAACAGUCUCCAUCCACCUUCAUUUAUGUUUCAUAGCGCUUCACCCUGCACUCCAGCUCACAGCCCCCCCCCCCAGUGCAACAGCUGGGCUCAUAGACUCAAACCCUGAACAACUAAUAAUGUAGGCAAUGAUGCAAUUAGAGUACAGCCUUCAUGGCUAUAGAGCUGUUUUGGGUGGAGUUUCAAUUCGUACACUUUAUGUCUCCAUUCCUCUCAUAUCUCUAAAUCAAAACCAGUCCGCAGGGCCUCAGAUUUAAACACCUUGACCAGAAACUGCUGUAUUUAUUCACUCAAACACUUAUUAUUUAAGGUGACUCAGUCUUAGAGUGAAUGCUUCCUGGUCUGUGUGCAUACUGCCUCCUGUUUAGGUGGAGUUGGGGUUAGGGCUAUCUUUUAAAAAGGGCAACUUGAGGACUGUAACGUUGUACUGAUACAACUCCUCUGCCGAUAUAACGAACAAACUUGUUACAUCCUAAAUCAAAGGGCUCCACCUCUCCACCCAAACAGAUCCUCGUGUAGUGCUGUCUGUUUGAAGUGCCCUCUCCAGCUAUCACUGUACUUGUGACACGUGUUGCACUCCUUAUUCACUCCAGACAAUGUUACAUUCAAUGUUAUACUUAACUUCUGUAAAUUGUAGUUUUGUUUUGGGACAUCCAAUACUACUUAUAUUUUGUCAAACUCAAGAGAAAUGUUAGUGUUGGAUGUUCAGAGUUGUUGGAGCUAGUUACUGUAUUUGUGACAUAAAAGCCUUUACCGGUAAUUGCAUUGGAGCAUAUUUAUUUUGAAUCUCGUGGUUUAAUAAAGUUGAGUGAUUAUAAAAGAGCACUUUUAGGGUAUUUCCAAAGGGGACCUGAUGAAGGGAUGACACCCAGUCCCUCUCGACUCCAGUGGGUGAGGGGUCGCCCCACUCUGCUUGUCUUUCUCCUUUUUAUGUUGGUGAGCCACUGUAGCUGUCUUUUUGUGUCUAACAUGCUUUUGAUUGUAACGCUAGAGUGUCUGAACUAACUAAAUGUAAAGAGGUAUUAUAACGUUUAGCUGGUGUACUGAGCUGUCCUUAAAGACUGGAUUUCCAUCAAUAAAAGAGAUGAGCACUUACCUUAA